AUGAGCGGGUCCUUGGGCCGGGCGGCGGCGGCGGCGGCGACGGCUCUGCUCCGCUGGGGGCGCGGCGCAGGCGGCGGCCUCCGGGGCCCGGGCGUGCGGGCUGCAGGCUCGGGCGGCAGCGGCUCAUCGGAGCACCUGGACGCGUUGGUGAAGAAGGACAAGGUGGUGGUCUUCCUCAAGGGGACGCCGGAGCAGCCCCAGUGCGGCUUCAGCAACGCUGUGGUGCAGAUCCUGCGGCUGCACGGCGUCCGCGACUACGCGGCCUACAACGUGCUGGACGACCCCCAGCUCCGGCAAGGCAUUAAAGACUACUCCAACUGGCCCACCAUCCCGCAAGUGUACCUUAACGGCGAGUUUGUGGGGGGCUGUGACAUUCUCCUGCAGAUGCACCAGAACGGGGACCUGGUGGAAGAACUGAAAAAGCUGGGGAUCCGCUCUGCCCUCUUAGAUGAAACGAAAGACCAGGACUCGAAGUGA